AUGAUGACAGGAUGGGAGGAUGAUGCAUAUGGAUAUCAUGGAGAUGACGGGGCUAAAUUUCAUGCGUUUGGAAGGGGGACAGAAUUUGGUCCGAAAUUUACCACUGGAGAUGUUAUUGGAUGUGGUAUAAAUUUCUUUGAUGGCACUGCAUUCUACACUAAAAACGGUAUACACUUGGGUAUUGCUUUCCGUGACGUUAUGGGAGAGUUCUAUCCAAUGAUAGGUUUGAGAUCAUUUCUUGAGACAGUUGAAGCUAACUUUGGCCAGGAUAAGUUCGUGUUUGAUAUUGAUAAAUAUGCAAAGGAACUUUUUAAAGAAGCUAAUAAGCAAACGGAUAUAUCAAGUCCAAUUCCAAAUACUCCAUAA